GAAAAAAAUCGAGGUGAUGAACUAUCGCCGCCACUUGGAACAUUGACAUCAAGACAGCAUGUCUACCGUCGGAACUCACGCCGAGUACGGGGAUGCCAAAAGGCGACAGGAGCAAUACAAUGCGGCUAUGGUGGGAGGCGCAAAGGGUGCAAGCAUGGGUCUUGCCGCUGCACUCCCCACUGCAUACCUGCUCCACCAGCGGUGGGCGCCGUUUCGAGGCCUGACGCUGCCGCUCAAGGCGUUUUUCGUCACAUCUGCCACCGUCUGUGCUGGUGUGAUCGCGGCGGACAAGAGCGGAAUCGCAUUCGAUCAGGAGCACUAUAGCGACGCAGGUGCGCAGCAGGUCCGGCGAUUCCAAUCAAAGGAGGAACAGGAAUGGUCUCAACUUUCCGGCACGGACAAGGCCCUGAUGUGGGCCAAAGACAACAAGUUUGGCGUCGUCGCAGGGAGCUGGGUCGCGUCCAUGGGCGGAAUCUUCGCAUACAUUCAAACGCAGCCCAUGAGCUUCGCUCAGAAGCUGGUUCAGGCCCGUGUUUGGGCACAGGGCCUGACGCUGACCAGCUUGCUCGGCAUGGCUGCUAUCACGCAGAUCCCAAGCGCGGGCGACAAAAUCCUCAAGGAGCGAGGUGAGGCCAGCGAACACAGCUGGCGCGACUUCGUGGGAGACACAGGAGACGGUGACAAGGAGAUCAAGCGCUCGCUGCAGAGGGGUGUCAAGGAUCGCACCAAGGAGGGACAGCCAGAAAAGAGAUCAUGA